UUUUUUUAGUGAUUAUUAUAGUAAAGAAAAACUUUCUUAACACGAUGAAUUUCAAUAAAAAAGUUGGAAAUUUAGCAACCAAUGUAAGCGUAGACGAAAGUAUAGAAGCACUAAUAACAUUUAUGUGUGAUGUACUAAACGACGCUGAUAAGUAUCGUAAAAUAUUGGAAGAUGAAUAUAAUGAUUGUAAGUCGGAACUGCAGAAAAAGACAUCAAGCGUUUUUCAUGAUGACUAUACAAGGAUUGAACAGUUGUGCGAUAAGUUCCGAACGCAAUUGAAGAGGUUUUCAAAGGCUUUUACUCAAGAUUAUUUAGACAUACUGACAGUGGCGUUAGAAUUGUACAAUUUAAGAGUAGAACACGGAUCUGCUAUGAAAGAAUACGAUAGAUUUGAAUUAGAGGAUAAGAAGUUUGUUAAAAAAGCGACGAAUUUGGCGAGAAAGAUCGAGAGGAUUAUCAAAAAACACGACAAGCUUGCUGUGGUUUAUAACACUCAGAUUGACAAGUUGGAUACUUUUCAUAAGCAUUUGGAAAAACAGUUGAUUAUUUACACGACGAAUUAUGGCCGUAAGUUUGUAAUCCCGGUGAAAGAUUAUAUCGCAGAGUUUAGAAGUAUUAAAAGUGAUGAGACUACUAAAAAGAAAGGUGAGAUUAUUUCUGAUCAUUUGAACGACAUGUUGAAGAGGAUGAGUGGAAAUGGAGAUGGAUCGCCGUUAAUUAGGAUUUCUAAAUUGGAAGAUGUUAAUUUUGAUCAUAACGCUAAGGAUGAACGUAAGCGGAAAAGUGAAGGUUCUGAAUCAGAUGAAGCGAAAAAAAGUAAGGCAGCAAGAAGUGAUAAGCCUUCGUCGAAUGGAACUCAAAUUCCGAGAUCAAGUGCUGGAAAUCAAUAUAAUGAUCAACCAAACGUCCAAAGAUCAUCAAAUGCUUCUCAAGAGAAAAUGAAACAUUCAGACGGUUUAGGAUCAGGUUCAGCAAGUUUAGCAUCAAAAUUGGAUCCUAAUGAUAGAUCUAGACCAGAGACACUUACGAAAAGUAUAUACAGGUCGACUAAAUCAAAAACUGCCGAGGAUAUUCGAGAAGAUAAAAGAAAAGAACAAAGUAACAGAUUAAAAAGUAAAUCACAAAACUUAGUUAUGUCACGUCGAGGGGUUCCCCAGGACCUUGGUGAAGAAACAGAUAGUGAUGCAGUUAAUUAUAACCAAAAUGAAAACUCUAGUUCUUCGGAAAAUUCUGAGCCUGGUAAUCAGAAUAUAGCACCAACAAGUAGCCUCAAAUCAGACGUUACUGCUUCUAAUUCAGAAAGUAGUUAUUCUUAUUUAGAGGGUAGUUCAGAAUCGGAACCAGCAAGUUUAGCGUCAGAAUUUGAAAAUAUUGGAGAAACAGGAAUAAUAAACUCGCAGCAGAUCAUGGACUAUCCAGAAACUGAUGAAGAAGAAAUAGAUGAUAGUCAUGCCGCGCGAAAAAUUGAUGGUCCAGUCGAACACCUGAGAAGUAGAGGAUUAACUACUCAUAUGGACCCUAAUGAUGGAUCUAGUUCAGAGAGAUCUACGAAAAAUAAAUACAAAGGUAAUAGAUCGAAGACUCAUGAGGAUAUUCGAGAAAAUAUUCGAGAAGAACGAAAGAAGAAUUCAAAGGAUAAAUCACAAAACUUAGUCAUAAAACGUAGAGGGGUUGAAGAAGAAUUUCGUAAAGAAUCAGAUAGUGAUGUAGUUAAUGAUAGCCUUAGUGAAAACUCCAGUUCUUCGGAUAAUUCUGAGCCUGACAAUAAGAAGAGAGCACCAGAAAAAAGACUCGAGUCAGACGUUACUGCUUCUGAGUUACAAGGAUUGCAAUCUGAUGAUAAAGGAAGCAGUGAUUCUGAUGGAAGUUCUGAUUUAACUAAUGAUUCAGGAAGACUUGCUCAAAAAAGACAUCGGGAGAAAAACGAUGAUCCAGAUUAUGAUGUGCUGGAAAAUUUCGCACCAAUUUCUAAAAAAAAGUUGGUUUCAAGAAGAAGACUCAAAUCAGACGUUUCUGCUUCUGAUUCAGAAAGUAGUGAUUUUGAUUCAGCGAGUGGUGAUUAUGAUUCAAAAAGUAGUGAUUCUGAUUAA